UAUUUACUGAAAUGAAAGUUGGAAAUAAUAAUUUCAAGCUAUUAUUUAUUAUUUUUCUAGUAAAAACUUAAGCAAGAAGUUAUUAUUUGUAUAUCUGGGAAACUCUUCCCGUUGAAUUGAAUUGAUUUGCUUCACGAAUAAAUGGCCCUCCAUCCUAACUUCAUCUAUAAAAACUAGCAUCUGCAUGGGUUGUACUUAAAAUCUUCAUUACAAAACUAAUAAUUUCCAAAUGCUAAACUUUUUGAAUUUGCAUAUUUAGAUUCUUUACGGAAGUGGUGAAAAAGGAUACCCUUGGCAUUGCGUGCGUGGGUGUGUAUGAUAUGAGAGAGAGAGAGGUAGCUGGUUAACUAAGUUAAGUAAUUGUAGUGAAAUGAAAAGCGAGGCUACUUCGGAAAUCAUCGCUACUACCUCAUAACAUCACUUCAACUCGUUCUUCAUUCCUCUCUCUCUCUCUCACACACACACCCACACCCAAACUGAGAAAUGAAGGAGAAAGAAAGAGCAUAAGAUAAUUAACCAAAGAAGAAGCAAACGAUGAGAGCUCAUACCUUGAGCAUUUUCCUCAUCAUAUCAGUGGUUGCAUCCUUGAGGGUCCAAUUAAUCAAUGGAGCACAAUCAAAGUGCCCUGAUUGUACAUGCCAGCACAAGAGCAGGAGAAUUCUGCACCAACCUCUGUUUCCGGUGGACUCAGCACCGCUGCCUCCGCCUCCGCCCCCCACUCCCGACAUCCCAGAUGAAGGCCAGCCGUUCUCAAACGAAGCUCCGACAUUUGAUCAGGGCUAUCUACCCCCGCCCUUACCAGAUAUCGGUACAUCAGUGGUGAGUCCAGCCGCUGCCACGCCUCCACCAUCCAACCCAAUCAAGAAACUGGUGAUCAUAACAACAUCAACACUUCUGACGCUGGGAAUGCUGUUAGUUCUGGCCUUCUUUCUCUACAGGCACCGUCGAGAACACCACCACGACGAGUCCCAGAAGCUUGUUGGUGAAAAUUUGCAAAGGAUGGACGAAGAAUCAAGAGUGCCACCACCUGCAUUCCUCUGCCUUGAGGCAGCAGAGCCAUCCACCACCAGAGGUUUGGUAAAUGAAGCCAAUGUUGCCAGUGGCUCACCGUACCACAAGCUCAACUCAGGUAAAAGAUUCAAUCACUAUAGACCCAGUCCCGACCUUCAGCCACUGCCACCAUUGACGAAGCCGCCGCCACCUCCAAGAAUGAGCUCACCACCACCCAUGUCAUCAUCAGAUGAUGAGAGCCAUGAUACCCAUUUUGACGCCCCGCGAGGGACGGCUCCAAGUCACGUGUCCCCUAGUUCACUGCACUAUAAUAUGAGUAACAAAACCAGCCAAGUGAGCCAGGCCAGGCCAGAUAAUCUUGCUUCUAAGCCUCUACCUCAUUCCAAGAGGACUCCACCAAAAUCUCGAUUUUCAGUAUCUUCUCCAGAUACAAGGCCUGCGAUUGUACCAUCAAUCAAACAAUCAUUGCCGCCUUCACCACCACCAUCAACAACUUCCUUGGGACCGUUGCAGUCAUGCAAACCACUGCCAUUUUCUCCUGGCAGGACCAAAUUUUCAGCAUCACCUCCAUCGCAGGGCAUACAACAGUAUCGAUCAGUAACAAAUUAUGAGCAGAAGGCAUCUAAAAUCCCAAUUCCACACCCACCACCACCACCACCUCCACCUCCACCUCCACCGCCAACAUCAAUGACAAAAAAACAUGUGGCUGCAAAGACAUAUACUUCUUCACCUGUUUUCAAGCAAACAAGAAGGUCAAUCUCUAAAAGUCCUAGCCCAAAAGCAAGUCCAUUGUCCGAGAAGAUGAGGCCGGUCAAAGAAGUAAACAAAGGUGCCAGUUCAACAGAAAAAAUCGAUGCUGAGAACAAGGAUUCAAGAACCAAAAUGAAGCCACUGCAUUGGGACAAAGUACGGGCCACUACAGACAGAGACACUGUUUGGGACCAUUUAAAGUCAACCUCAUUCCAGUUGAACGAGGGUGCUAUGGAAUCAUUAUUCGGAUGUAAUUCUGCGACUUCAGUACCUAGAGAAGCGCCAAGGAAGUUCGUCCUCCCUUCUUUUGAGCAGGAGAACAGAAUACUAGAUUCAAAGAAGUCCCAGAAUAUUGCUAUUCUUCUUCGUGCAUUGAAUGUCACAAGAGAGGAAGUCUCUGAAGCACUUUUAGAUGGAAAUCAAGAAGGACUAGGUCCAGAGCUUUUCGAGACUUUAGUGAAGAUGGCACCAAGCAGGGAGGAAGAGAUAAAACUUAGAGGGUACAAUGAUGAGAUCUCUAAAUUAGGCACAGCGGAGCGAUUCCUCAAGGCAAUACUUGAUAUUCCAUUUGCCUUUAAAAGAGUGGAGGCGCUGCUGUUUAAAGAAAACUUCAACACAGAAGUAAAGUAUUUGAGGAAGUCUUUUCAAACCCUAGAGGAAGCAAGUGAAGAACUGAAGAAUAGUCGCUUAUUUCUUAAACUACUUGAAGCUGUUCUAAGGACAGGAAAUCACAUGAAUGAUGGUACUAACCGGGGUGAUGCAAAAGCUUUCAAAUUGGACACUCUGCUGAAACUAGUGGACAUAAAAGGAAAAGAUGGUAAGACAACCUUACUUCACUUCGUUGUCCAAGAGGUUAUCAGAUCAGAAGGGACUGGUACCAAUACAAGAAGUGAAAGCCAGCUGCAAAAAAGUAAUCUAAAAUUUAAUGAAGAAGAUUUUAAAAAGGAAGGACUGCGGGUUGUAGCAGGGUUAAGCAAAGAGCUUGGCAAUGUUAAAAAGGCAGCAGGGAUGGACUCAGAUGUUUUGAGUAGCUAUGUAUCCAAGCUCGAACAGGGACUUCAGACGGUCAGACAGGUUCUGCAAUACGAGAGUGAUAUUGUGCAAGACAAGUUUGUAGACUCAAUGAAAGCGUUUCUGGAAGAAGCCGUUGAUGAAAUUUCCAGGGUCAAGGCUGAAGAGAGAAAAGCUUUGUCCUUGGUGAAAGAGGUAACACAAUAUUUCCACGGAGAUGAUGCAAAAAGAGAAGCUCAUCCUUUGAGAAUUUUCAUGGUCAUACGAGAUUUUCUCUCCAUAUUGGAUAAUGUGUGCAAAGAUGUUGGGAGAAUGCAGGACAAAGCUACAAUGUGUUCAGGAAGAUCAUUCAGAAUAUCAGCAGCUGCACCAUUGCCUGUACUUAGCAGAUACAACACGCAGAAUGAUAGAAGCUCCGAUGAUGACAGCAUGUAAUAUUGCACAAGUAAAGGUGACAAGAGCAAUUGUCUGAGGAUUGCCGUAAUAAGAAAGCAUGAAGUCCACAGAUAAUCAAUAUAACGAAGUGCAGCAAGAAUCAAGCAGUCAUAUACUCACUUUGGAAUCAGACAGCUCUGAGUGCAUCAAUCAGCUGCAAAUUGCCAAAGUGGAAUAGAUACUGAAGAUCUUUAACAGCAAACGAAUAAGUCAUAUAAACAGCAGGUUUCAGUUUCUGAAUAAACACAUACUGAUUCAAUCAAGAGUAGCCAAAUAAUAGGAAAGAUGCUUGUAUUUUUUGAUGCAUAGCUGUAGCCAUUGGUAAUAAUGUAGUGCUUGUUCCAUUCAUACAAACGAGUUCUUGAAUACCUAGAUCAUUUCAGGAAAUUGCAUUUUAAAUUUUACA